GAAGAGUUUUUUUUUCUUCUUCAUUCACAAAAUUUUUAGAAAAGCACAAAAAAAGGGUGAAAUUAAAAACAUUAGAACUUGGAGGACUCAAAAUAAAUAAAUAUAUGCGCAAUACUAGGGUUUACUCUUCACUACAAAAAAGCAGCAGCUGAUCGCAUCGCCACCGCUACUGAAGGAAUCUCCGUUAUUCAACAACCGCCGCCAUGGGUCGUAUGCACAGCCGAGGAAAGGGUAUUUCAGCAUCAGCACUUCCAUACAAGAGGACUCCGCCGAGCUGGCUUAAGAUAUCUUCUCAGGAUGUUGAAGAAAACAUCUAUAAGUUUGCAAAAAAGGGUUUGACACCUUCUCAAAUAGGUGUUAUUCUUCGUGAUUCUCAUGGGAUUGCCCAAGUGAAGAGUGUCACCGGAAGCAAAAUUUUGAGGAUACUCAAAGCACAUGCACUUGCUCCUGAGAUACCCGAGGACCUUUACCACCUCAUCAAGAAAGCUGUUGCAAUCCGAAAGCAUCUGGAGAGGAACAGAAAAGACAAAGACUCCAAGUUUAGGUUAAUUCUUGUUGAGAGCAGAAUCCACAGACUAGCUCGUUAUUACAAGAAGACUAAAAAGCUUCCACCAGUCUGGAAAUAUGAAUCUACCACCGCCAGCACUCUUGUGGCGUAGAGAAUCCGCACGUUGGAAAGUUCGGAUAUUUGUUCAAGUAAUAUACAAUGAAGAGAGAUACGCGAUAUUGGAGUAUUUUAGUUAAGCUUAUAAUUUCUGUCAGCUGACAAGAUUUUUGUUUAUCAUACUCGUACAUCUCCAUAUAUGCGUUUGCUUAGCAGAGUUCAGGGCAUUAAAGCUCUAGAAAAUGCUUCAUUUUGGCAGAAGCAAGUUAUUGUUCUUGAAAUAUUUUGGUUUCGUUUCAAAAUGUGUUACUAAGCAAUUCCAAAAGUAUUUUGUUUUAAAGUCCUUGGAAAAGUAUUUUGUUCUAAGAAA